AUGAGAAUGCCUAGCCUGUUUACUCUACAAAUGACAAGUUUUCCAAACAAUUACACACACCCAAUUAAAUUUGCAUGCAUUAUGCUGUAUUGACGUAUUUCUAAGAGGAACUGGAACCUCGGAGGAAUUAUAUUUCGAAACUGUGAUGGAAAUCGAACCAGAUAGGAUUAUAUCAUGUUAUGAAAGGGCUAUAAAAAUAACUCGUUUUUUAAUUUAUGCACUAUGGGCAACCUGUGUCAUCAUAAACGGCUUCAACAUUUGGGCGUAUUUCAGUGAACUACAGAGACUGACAGAGUGCUGGAAUUGUUUGUUCAAGAUCUACAAAGCUGUAGGAUUGACUCUGGCGAUUGUACUCCUGCCGAUACAUUUUUUGGUUAUACCUUUUGUUAUUCUGGAUGCGAAACGACAACUUCGAAUCCUAGCGAUGAUCCUUUUUUUGGCCACAUGGCUGGAGAUGCUGAUGGAUCUUCUGCAAUCACAACCGUAUCAGGCCAUUAGCGAUGUGGUUCGAAUUUGGCAAUCCGGUCGGACUUUAAAAUAUUUUGAAGACCGAUUCGCAUGUUGUGGAGUAUUGGGCUUUAAAGACUAUAUAGUUUUUCAAAAACCGAUUCCAGAAAGCUGUUACGUGGGACAUAAACCUGUGCCUGAAAACCUCCAUAAAAUAGGAUGCUCCACCGUGAAAAUGACACGCAUGCGGUCUUACACCUUGGAAAUUAUUUUUUCAGUAUUUCAGUUUUCUUUGGUCCUGAGCAUCGUCACGUACUGGACUUUACUGAGACGCAUUGAUCGUCGAAGAACCACUAUUUAUUUCCGAAAUAGAGCCUAAAUAUAUUAACCACUAAUCUUGUAUAUUGUAUAUUUUUCUACAAAAUUAUUGUGAAUUGACAAAUUUUAGAUGUAAAUAAAAUAUUUAAUAAGA